GACGAUGAAAUGCAGUUUAGUUCAGUUUAGUUGAGAAGACACCCCUUCCAACCAAUAGGUCGAGGGUUUGAGUCACUUUAAUCACGAGUAAAUGAGUCAGAGUGAAGAGUCUGCAUGUUCAUAUGUUCGACUCUUGUGCUUAAAGUGCUUAUUCAUUUUCUGAUUUCGUAAGAAUAGAUUUUGUUGCUUACGUGCCUUUCCGGUCCAAUAGUUGUUUACCUUGAGAGAAGUUGUCGUAUGAUUAUACGAUGAAGAGUAGUUUAGUUGGAACGGUGGUCCCUUCGUAACUAAUAGGUUGUGAGUUCGAGUUACCACUAUCGUAGUAAAUGAUUUCAUGGGAAUAAAAAUUGGAAAAAGAAUAGUUUUCUUCAUCCUUAUUGGCAGUUUUUUGUGAUGUUCAUAAUUAAAGAUGUACCCUGCUAAAAUUAUUUUUCAGAUCUUGUUGCCACCCACCCAUAUUUUGACCAUUUUUGCUUUCGAACCCUGCAAAUAUAUCAAAAUUUAUUUUUUAUUGAGUCUAAAUAAGAGAUAUAUUACACUGCAUGUUAAAUCUGUGGCGGAAAAGAAAUCUUGUAGUGUCUCAAUUUUGUCAAGUCAAAUUUCAUCGAAUGUAUUCAAUUACAUAAUAUUUGCUCUUACGGUACCCUUGGGGGCUUUUCUAUUUGAUUGCACUGGAAGACCUAAUGACUUGUUAUUUCAAUAGGACAAGUUGUAUUGUAAGGAGGUAUUUCGAAUCUCAACAAUCAAAUUCCAUUGCAUAAGAGUCAUCUUUCUUUAUAAUCAAUCAAUUGAACCACCGUUUGCAACCUAUAAUUUGGUUUCAUCACAAGGCCGUGUAUUAUUAGUUUACAUUUGUAUUUGUAUACUAGGGAGAAAUGAGUUUGAGUUUAAUGUAAAUAGUUGGAAAUGUGAGCUCGUAUCACCCGUAUAUGGUGUAGAGAGCCAUGUUACCGCAGGUUCCUAAACUACAUUCAUGUGCAGGUGGUUGUAUGAUUUUAUUUAUUCAUUUAACUAUUUUGGUAGGUAAUGUCCACUAAUCAUCACCAUACGUUUUUGCAUGAAAACGACAACAUAAUAAUAGCAGGAGUAAAAAAUUAUAAGUGAUCGCAAAUAAAAUACAAAUGAAACUCAAAGACGUAACGUUAUUCGGUUUCGCAGAGAAGCAUAUUCCCGCCAAAAAGGCGAAUCCCACACCAUCAACUUCGCGCCACGUGGCUCUCGGGCCCCACCCCCGCCCAUGAUAGUCCCUAGCCUCCGCCUUCUCCUCCUUCAUUUCUCUCAUUUUGUCUCUCUUUUUACCUGUUUUGUUUCUGCUAAUCACCGCAUUCAAAAUCCUCAACUCUUUCUCGCUAUCAAUUUGCUUUUUUCACGAUCGAUUUGUGUUAGUUUCUCAUACUGUUAGAAAUUCUACUCAAUUACAAUCAACAGAUUGAACGAUUCUGCAAAAUGGAGAAGCCGGAAAUGCUGCCUGAGACGCUUCUCACCACCGCCGCCGCCGUCAAGACUGAAGGAUUCUGCAAAAUGGAGAAGCCAGAAAUGCUUCCUGAGACGCUUGAUUGGAGUCAAAAUCUAACCACCGCCGCCGCUGCUGUAAAGGAGGAGUUCGAUUAUAAGGAGCUGUGUGAAGUGAAGCGAUAUUACCCUCACGGUUACCAUGGCGUUGACAGGCGGGGACGGCCUGUGUACAUUGAGAGAUUGGGGAAGCUCGACGUGGAAGGGCUCAUGAAGGUCACCACACUCGAACGCUACGUCCUGUACCAAACGCAGCAGUAUGAGAAGACAAUCAAAGUCAGAUUCCCUGCCUGCUCUGCCACUGCAAACAAACACAUCAACAGGAGCAUCGCCAUCCUCGAUGUUCAAGCUGUGAGUUUCAAGAGUUUCACUAGUCCAGUGCAGAAGGUUCUUCUGCAGCUGCGCAAGAUCUUCAACGAUAACUAUCCUGAGACGCUUUCUGAAAUGGUGAUUGUGAAUGCCAGCCCCGGCUUUAAGUUGCUUUGGAACGUCGUCAAGUGCUUCCUUGACCCUCAUACAGUGUCAAAGAUUCAGGUUAUUGGCAGCAAGUAUCAGAGCAAAUUGCUUGAACUGGUUGAUAAAAGCGAGCUGCCCGAUUUUCUUGGGGGGAGCUGUUGCUGUAGGAAUGAAGGAGGGUGUCUCAACUCAGACAGAGGUCCAUGGAAACACACAUCUGUGGCUUACACUGGAGAGUGAUUUAUAAGCUAUGUUUUGCUGGGCUGGGCUAUGGCUUGCUUGAUGAAAUAUAGUUGUUGUAAAUGUAUAUAACAAUAGUAUAUAAAGUAAAUUCCACUAAGUCCAAGGAGUCAUUGAUUUGGUUGAUCCUCACGACUACAUUAACCUUGAGGAACAGCAUAUUAUAGAUUGAUCAUGUGUUGCCCUUCACUGACCUUUCUUGAUAUUAUGGUUAAAUGAUUGUUCUA